CAGAAUUUCUGAAGUUUUUUUCCACUUAUUUUUUAAACUAACACUACACAAUACUUCUACUUCACGUAGAGUAACAACAAAUUUUCUUUCUAUUUAAAGGUACCAUUUAAUUUUCACACUACUUUUGCAAGAGAAAAAACAACAACAAACCGUUCCAGCAAACUUAACGAAUAUUUCGUGCAGUAUGUCGUUCAACAAGCGCUCAACGACCAACAAAAUAGAACGACCUGUUGAGAGGGAAUCUAUAAUCUCGUCAAAAAAAAAAGAACGAAAACAAUGAGAAACAGUCACUUGCUUAUACGGCCAUUUGAAAAAUCAAUCGAGAAAUCAAUAUUUGCAUACAACACAAACAGCAUCUCGAAGCAAUAGAAAACAGUUGAUUCAUAGCAAAACAAGGAACGGGUUUUAGUAGCUGCAGUAACAUUACUCCAAAAGCGAUCGACUGAUUUGCCGGAAAAAUGAAAUCCGAAAAGGAGGAUGAAAGUUUCUCGGUAGCGACUUCCACCCAAGCGAUGUGUGAUAUUCUAAACGAACACAAAUGUCUGAUUUGUGACAAACAAUUCGCCAACAAAAGUAGUCUCAGCAAACACGUUUUAUUGCAUGAAGACAAGCGCUUAUUUGGUUGUGAUAUUUGCGAGAAAAGUUAUAAUUUGAAGGCUCACCUAAGCAGGCAUAUGAUCGUCCAUUUUGGAGACAAACCGUUCACGUGUGAUGUAUGUGGCAAAGAAUUUCGAAAUCCUGACAAAUUGAAGCGUCACCACCUUCUUCAUACCGGUGAGCGGCCGCACAAAUGCACCGUUUGUGGAAAAUGUUUUACCUUUAAGACUGAACUAGGCAUGCACAUGUCCGUACAUACGGGUGAUUAUAAGCAUAAGUGUGAUGUGUGCGGCAAAGGAUUUGUGCAAAAGUCGCAUUUGAAAGACCACGAAAACGUUCAUACGGGAGAGCGACCGUAUCAAUGCAGUGUAUGCGGGAAAGACUUUGCCACUAAAGCUGGAUUAACCCAACACAACAAUGUUCACACUGAUCGGCACAAGUGUGACGUGUGUGGCAAGGAGUUCUCUAGGAAGUUUACACUGGCACUGCACAAACGCACUCAUGCAGCUGAACAGUCAAUUGAUUCGCUCGUCGAACCAACAGCACUCAGUGGCAAACUAAACGAGAAAAACCCACACGGUUCUUGUAACUUUGAUGCAAUUAAUCGAACUGACCAAGUACGAAAUGUUAUUCCAAAGAAAAAGGAAAUAUCAAUUGACUCGGUAGCAUCUUCCACUGGAACAAACGAUUCUCUGAAUAAACACAAAUGUUUGAUAUGUGACCGACAAUUCGCCAUCCAAAGUAGUCUCGACAAACACGUUUUAAAGCAUGAAGUCGAGCAGCCAUUCAGUUGCGACAUUUGUGGGAAAAAAUUCCAAUUUCAAUGUCUCCUAACCAAGCAUUUGACCGUCCAUACCGGGGAAAAACCGUUCACGUGUGAUGUGUGUGGCAAAGGAUUUAAUAACGCUGGAAUGUUGAAGUACCACCUCAAUAUUCAUACCGGUGAGCGAUUGUACAAAUGCACUGAAUGCGGGAAAGAUUUCCACUCUAAAUCGACUCUUAAACAACAUACGUACCUUCAUACAGGCGAGCGUCCGUUCAAAUGCACCGUAUGUGGGAAAAGUUAUACCUCUAGUUCUCCAUAUCUCACACACAUGGCUACACACACGGGUGAUUAUAAGUAUUCGUGUGAUGUGUGCGGCAAAGGAUUCGUUUACGAAACACUGUUGAAGGAUCACAAAAACCGUCACACAGGAGAGCGGCCUUACGAGUGUACUGAGUGUGGAAAAAGUUUUAUCAGUAACAAGCAUCUAAAAUCACACAAGUCCACACACACGGGUGAAUAUAACUAUACAUGUGACGUGUGUGGCAAAGGAUUCUUGCAAAGGUCGCAUUUGGAAGACCACAAAAACAUGCACACAGGAGAGCGACCGUAUCAAUGCAGUUUAUGUGGAAAAAAGUUUACCAUCAAAGGAGUCCUAACCAGACACAUGUCAGCUUGCACGGGAAAUCGACAUAAGUGUGAAACGUGUGACAAAGAAUAUAGAACGAAAUAUAACUUGGAAUUGCACAAACGCUUUCAUAAAACUGAGCAGUUAAAAAAUUCAAGUACAACGAACGAUUCUACAAAAGUGCACGACAAUGGAAAGGAAGGUAAACGGCCAUUUAAUUGUGAUAUUUGCAGGAGAAGUUAUGUUUUAAAGUGCCACCUAAUCAAACAUAUGACCGUCCACACCGGGGACAAACCACUCACGUGUGAUGUGUGUGGCAAAGGAUUUCUUAACAGCAAAGCAUUGAAGAUUCACAAAAACAUUCAUACCGGUGAGCGACCCUACAAGUGCACUGUAUGUGGAAAAAGUUUUGUCAGUCACAAACAUCUCAGUUCACACAAGCCCACACACACGGGUAAUUAUAGGCAUACGUGCGAUGUGUGCGGCAAAGGAUUCGUGCAAAAAUCGCAUUUGGAAGACCACAAAAACUUGCAUACGGGAGCGCGGCCGUAUCAAUGCAGUGUAUGCGGAAAAGAUUUUGCCACCAAAAGUAUCCUAACCAAACACAUUUUACUUCACACGGGUAGUUGUCAUAAGUGUGAAGUUUGUGGCAAAAGUUACAGAACGAAGGAUUACUUGAAAUCGCAUAAACGCAUCCAUACCACUGAGCAGUCGAAUUCGAGUACAACAAACGAAAUAACAAAUCACAAUGACAUUGAGAAGGUAAACCGACAUUCAGAGGCGGCAGGUCCAAGCAUCCAACGCGAUCCACUUGGUUCACUGCAAAACCCGCAUGAUUCUGGUAACGGAGACGACACUACCUAGAGACUAGCAAUUUCUUUUCUGCCGUAAUUGAGGAUCAUGGUUUCUGUAGUUCCAGUUUUCGAAGGUUUUUUUGUUGUUGCAAUUUGUCUCUUUUGAAAGGAAAUUUUGCUGAGAUUUGAAGUAAUUAAAA